CAUCUCGAUACAUCUUCUUAUCCUAACCCUAACAUAUUUCUCGGCUUUUCUUUCUUUUAAAUGUCCUUUUUAAAACGAUGUAAACAGAGCCGACACCUGCUAGCAAAAAAAACGCAAGCCAGCACAACAGCGACAGUUGAGCUCAACAUUAGCCGUCUCGCUAACCGCAGCGUCGCGUUAACACGACCGUUAAACCGUCAUUAGUGUGACUUGAGGCUUUUUAAUAUUAUCCAAGAGGAAAUGGACGUCUCUUUGUUUAUUUUUUAGGGAGGUUUUGGGGUUCGUUAACCGCACCAAAUGACAGCAGCUGUCAAACGGCUGCCUCUUUUUCUUUUCUUUUAUCCUCAGCUGCGCUAGCGGUUUAUCUCUCACUGCGUGGUGUUUACGUGCGUUUCUCUCUCUCUCUCUCUGUGUGUGUGUGUGUGUGUCACCGCUAAGCUAACGUUACUAGAACAAUGCGAGUGGCUUCAUGCGGCCACGUUCACUAGCUCGGCUUUAGCUAAUAACAUCUACAUCUUUUACGUGAAUUUGUCUUUUUAAUUUGGUUCCAAGCAAAAAAAUAUCUGAAUUUAAGCCGACGACCGACAACAUGCCGGGGGACGACGUGUGUCCCUUUGUGUGCAACUGGCAUGGAGUCUGUUGACUCUAAGCUCAUUUCACCCGAGUUAGUUUCAAUUAAGUGCUCCACCAAAAAAUAAUUAAAACGGAGAAGAAAUAUAGCGUGAUGGCCGUAGUUCAUAUGAAUAGAUAUGGCUGGCUAUUUAUUUAAAAAAAAUUGUAUAAAAUGGUGGCAUUUUGCCGUAAACGUGUGUGUGCGAUGCAAAAAGCGUCAAAUGAAACCUGCAAAUUGCGCUGCACGUGCAGUGAAAACCAAAAGGAAAUUUAAAAAAAGAAAUCGAAAUAAUCACUAUAUGGCUGAAUUGGGCUUAAAUAUAAGAAUCCUCCACUGCAGUAGGCUCUGUGUUGAUUUUAAUAAUAAUAAUAGUGGUAAUUUGACGUGACUUGUUAAAACUACGUGCAGUAGCACCGAUGAUUUCAUUGUGCUUUUAUUUGUGUUCUUUUUUCCUGUUCCAUAGUAUCGAGGCUGGCUCUACAUUCCGCAUUUCUCAGACCUUUGUCCCCCUCCAUUGUGUAGCUAACGAUCAUCUGCUGCUGUCUGCCGUAGCCUCUGCCUGUUCUCUGCAUCUAGCUGUAUUGUGAACCCCCUUCUUCCUCAUUUCCUCUUUCCAUCUGAAGACGACAUUGGCAUUAAAAACAGAGUUCCCACUCAUACCGUAUCCUUCUGUGCAACUAAAGACUAAAGAAUAACACCUUUCUGUAGAAAACAGUUUGUCUUUAUUUAAACUGUCAUGUUGCUCUUCAGUGAAUAACCCAUUGUAGCAUUAGACCGUACUACAAACUGUCACUGUGAUUCUCCCAUUCAGUGGAUAGGCUACAUUCUGCUGUAAAUUUCUGUAAAGUGGAUACAUUUUGAUCCCCCCCCCCCACCACCAUUCGAUUACAGCCAGGCUUGAUCGAACUGGUUCAAUUUGGUCUCCAGCCCCGAUUUGGAAGGGUGCAUUGUACCAGCUUUUGUAAUCAAUAAAGCACUUGUAGGAUCACUUUUGGUUCCUAAAUAGUUUUCACGGAUAAUCCAGCUAUCCUAACGUUCAUCAAUUCUCCAAAACAUGUAGUUUGAGUGUUAUUUUCACCUUUUGAUUGUCCACUGCACUUGUUAGUGGCGUCCAAACCGCUGGCCAUAAUCCCAUCCAUGUGUGAAAGCCUUUGUUUCCGGCUAGCUAAAUUGAUUUAGUCAUUCACAAUCAAUUGACUAAACUCCGGUCCAACUCAUCUUGCCAUUUGAUAACUCACACUGUCAAUCACAGUCUCUCCCCCUCUCUCUCAAGUCUCCCCUCAGACACCUCCAGAAUGUGAUCCAUUUUACAGGGAUGUGUAAAUCCUGCACUGCUGUAGAACUCCUUUUGUAGAAUGAAAAUGUCUUUUAUUCUUUGUUUGUGGUUUUCUACCUUAUGUUCUUUGUAUUAGAUCCUAAUGCAUGGUCAUUUUAUACUUUUUGUUUUUCCACAUUGAACAGCAGAUUCCAAUGUAAACUUUGUGUAGAGAUGUCCCUGCUAUACUGAAAUGUGCUGUAAGCAAACACAUCUCCUCAUUGGAUGCUGCUUCUGUUCCGUUAACCCUACAGAGAGCAUGUUCCGGCCUCGCCGUUGGUCUUUAUUUGCAUGGUAUUAUUCUGGUUAUAUAGAGGAUAUAUUACUAUUAUCACACAGUGCCACACAUACUAAUAUCUUCCAAUAAAGACUGUAGUUUUCUUUCUAACCUUCAGUGUGCUUUUUGCUGAUUUCCAUGUGUUCCUCCCCUCCCCCCUCCACUGUGCCGUCACUGAGACGGUCCCCUCACUCUCUAUGUGCUCUCAUUUCUCAGCUGUCUUUGACAGAAGUCACCCCUCUGCUUACUUUAGAGUUGGGGCAACUAACUUUUCUAUCAACGACAACAACAAAAAAGGGGUAAAAAUGCAUGUUUUAAUUGAAACCGAACGGCAUUGAUAUUUAAUGUUCCACGCUGUCAUUUCCUCCUGAACCAUACGCUGUGUCUCGAACACGCAGCCGACCUCAUUGGUGAUCACUGGUGACGCGUUAACACGGGAACAACUUUGGGAGAUAUGGAUACAAUCUUCUGUCUAGGAGCUCACUUCACCAGGCACCAGCACAGCCAUGCGACCUCCUGCCGACACUUUGCCCUGGGCGCUCCCCAGGCGCCCAUCUCGGCGGAGUUCCCCCUGGGACACGCCGGUCAGCCGCCGCCUCAGACCGGCCUCGCCGCCCACCUGCCGCCGCCGGCACACCAGCCGCCGCUCACUGCCCUGCCCGCACCCCCUCAGUUCCAAGAUGUGCCGGGACCUCCAUUCCUACCUCAGGCCUUACACCAGCAAUACCUCAUCCAGCAGCAGCUUCUCGAAGCGCAGCACCGCAGGAUCCUCCCGCACUCCAGAAGAACCCAGGAGCGUCUUCCCCUGAACCCUCACCGGAUGCGCUCGGGCUACGAGUUCUCCCACCCCCUCCACGUUCCCCAGCAAAUGACGCAGCAGCAGCAGCGGUACCUGGCCGAAGGCACCGACUGGGAUCUCAGCGUGGACGCCGGCCUCCCUCACCACCAGUACCAGCUCCAGCAGCUUCCACAGCACUAUCAGCAUUACCUGGCCUCCCCUCGGAUGCACCACUUCCCCAGGAACACGUCCUCUGCACAAGUGGUUGUGCAUGAAAUCAGAAACUACCCGUACCCCCAGCUGCACCUGUUGGCCCUGCAGAGCCUGAACCCCUCGCGGCACGCCACCGCCGUGAGAGAAAGCUACGAGGAGCUGUUGCAGCUGGAGGACCGGCUGGGGAGUGUCAGCAGAGGAGCGGUCCAGACGACCAUCGAGCGAUUCACCUUCCCACACAAAUACAAGAAGAGGAAGCCCCUGCUGCUGAAGAUUGAGGAGGAGGAGGAGGAAACCGACGUGGACGAGAAAUGCACCAUCUGUCUGUCCAUGCUGGAGGACGGAGAGGACGUCAGGAGAUUGCCCUGCAUGCACCUCUUCCACCAGGGCUGCGUGGACCAAUGGCUGGCCACCAGCAGGAAGUGUCCCAUCUGUCGAGUGGACAUCGAAACACAGCUGAACCCCGACAGCUGAUGAGCUUUCAGCUCCCCUCCUCCUCCUCCUCCUCCUCCUCCUCGUCCAUCACCCUCGCGUGGUUCCUGCUUUCUUCCACCUCGGCUUGCUGGCCGCCACCCCCCCCCCCUCCUCCUCCUCCUCCUGUUGGGUGCUUUGCCAAAUGUCUCCGGACUUCAUGUGACAUCACCACCCUUCUGACUCACGCUUUACUGAGCCAAGCCAGGAAAACUAAACUGCGAGAGGCCAACUCUUUUUAUAUAGAAGCACAUCCCUCUGGAAGCAAAAGACACACACACACACACACACACACACACACACAUACACACACAUGCUCAUGUUACACAGGGUUUACUCGUAGCUUGCUGGUCGUAAGUGGGGUGUUGUUGCUGUCGUGGUGUCGUACUGUAGGUAGUCCUGGGCUGUGUAGCAUGUCCUCAAAGCCAUGACUUAAUGUCCCGAGAGUGGAAAACGCAUAACCCCACCCUGAGCUGGCUACUUUCUCUCUUUUUUUCUCUCUCUCUCUCUCUUUCUAUAUUUAUAUACACAUAUAUAAAUAUAUAUUUCUCUCUUUUCAAACACACUUCAAUCAAAAUGAAUAUUCUGCCACACACGAAAGCUUAACAAAUGCUCUGUUGCCAUGUUUACCUAAAGAUCAUUUGUGGUCGUAGUAGAGUAGCAGUAACCUACAAGUGAUAUCUGAUGCGCUGUCGUCUUCUAUGGGGGGGGGGUAGCCGAGUGUUUUAAUUCUAUCAUGCAGCUUUGACAUUUUGCAAUACAGUUGUGCAUUUGGGUCGGUGUCAUGUGAGAUUGUGUCGUGUGAGUAGGUCUCUGUCACUGCCUGGACAACCCGGCCCGGGGACUGAGGCGUUAUGUAUUUUUAAAAAAUAGGUAGAAAGUAAUUUUACCAAAAUGCAUUUUUUUUGUUUUUUUGGUCACGGUUUAGCUUGAACCUGACACGCAGGUUCACGUGUGUGUGUGUGUGUGUGUGUUAGUGUGUGUGCGUGCUCUGCCUGUGUGUGUGUGUGUGACUUAAAGAAUGUGUCUAACAAAUGUGUGGCUAUUCAAAGAAUUCAAAUGUGUGUGUGUGUGUGUGUGUGUGUUUCAAGUGUAAGGCAACACCUGGAUGUUAACUCGGCCACUGGAGCGCUUACACAACACAAAGCCAAAAAAAAAAAAAAAACAGGGACGAUAAUGAAACGGCAGCGCGAGGUGGGAGGAGCCUCCGCUGCCCUCGUACCUGUUUCUUCACCUGGCGCGGGGCCAGUGGCAGAACAGUGUGUACUAGAACAACAACAAAAAGCAUGUUUCAUUGUCGACUUGGGCUGUUCGCUUUGGUAGCGUUUCUUAAAUCUAAAAAAAAGAAGAAAAAAAAGGUACAAAGAUGGCUUUGCAUGACUUAGUUAAUCUGAGCUGUGACGACCUCGACACUAACACAACGAACAAACUAAACAACAAAAAACAACAACAACAAAAACUGUGUCAGCGGCUGCUCCCCUGACUUGUAGCGUGUGUUCAUCCGGUCCCCUCUGGAGGCCACGAUGGGUUUAAUGUUUACCUUAUUGCCUACAGAACAAGCACAUGUGACAAUAGUUAUAGCAACAAAGGGGUUUUUCCCCUGGUGUUGCGUUUGCGUUGGUUUAUAUUUAGGUAUAGAUUCAUGCAGAAAGAGAGGAGCUUGCGUAUUGAUUUUGUGUAUUUUGUGUGACAGACCUCCCCUCGUGGUUGCUAUGCUGGUUGCUAUGCUGUAUUGCUAGAACAUGUAGAACGUGGUGCGACGGAGGCAGCCUCCCUCUCGCAGUGCACAGACACAACGGCAGGAAAACAUUCAGGCCGGUGACACUCGGCCUGGUUUUCACUUUGUUUAGUUUUUCUACAGGAUGCCUUCAGGACCCUCACUGUCCCACGCACUAUGAUCGCAAAGGAUGAACCCAGAGGCUUUUCUUUUUUUAGCCUCGUGGGGUUUAGGAUCAAUUAACUGGGAUUAUUUCCCCGCCCACACACACACACACACACACCCCUCCGUCUUGUGCACUGCCGGUGUCGAAACUGCCUCCUCCUGUAGUGGAGUCAUCUGUGAUGAAGUUUUCAUAGUUUACACAGGGUGUUGUCAGUUGAGAUGCCUUAAGUAUUUAACAAUCAUAAUUUAUUACUAACUGUAGAUAUUGUGGGUAUGUAUUUAAUUUUAUAUAGUUUUUUUUUCGGGGGUGGGAAGGGAUCGGGUAUUGAAUCAUAAUUUAUUUAUUUAGAAAUAACACAAAAAUGCUAUGAAAAAAAAACUAUUACCUCAUUUUUGCAUUGUUUUAAAUGGGAAUGCUUUGCAUGCAGUUGUACUUUUUGGGAACACUAAAGUAAAAAAAAAAGUUUAAAAAAGAAAGAGCCCCGCUGUUUGAUAUCCACAAGCUGGCUGUGCGAUGUUUACUGUCCAAGGCUGAGCUACUGAGCCCGCUCUCCGCCUCUCUCUCUCUCUCUCUCUCUCUCUCUUAGUCUCUCUCUCUCAUGUGGUGCUGUGGAUCUUGGUUACAUUCCAUUCAAUGCAAUUCCUCUGAUCCCCCAUGCUGUGACGUAGUGGACAAACUGCAAUGAAGUGAUUCCUUCUGUUUUUGUUUUUCACUCGCGUGUUUUAAAUAAGGGAACCCUCUCACUGGCAAAAGAUAAUUUAACACACCACCACUCAGAACUCUGGCUUUUUAUUUUGUACGCUCUGCUUCUCACAAUGCACUAUGGGUCUUAAUAACGAUCAUCUGUGAAGCAUGUUCCCACGCUUUAACUCUUUGUACGGAUCUUUUUAAUUUUCAUCUCUCUGGUGUUUCUCUUCAGUUCGUAGACUUUAAGCAUAACAAGUGCCUCGCUUUUAAGUGUUAGGAGAUAUUUCCAUAUUACUGAAACCAUUUAAUAACAAUCAAUCCAUGAAGCCGCCAUGCCUUAUUGGUUGCAUAAUUAAACAAAGGAGUGAGUUGUGAAGGAGCUACGAUCACGUUUGACUGUAUCUACAAAAGCCAUUGAAGUCAAACUGUCCAAACCAGCUGCUGGUCCGUAGAACUGGAGCGUUACAUAUUGUGGAAAUUGUUCUGACUGUAAAGAGGCAUGUUUCACUGUGGGCUUUACCAAUACUUCAGUAAUCCUUCUUUACUUCUGUUUGUCGUCUAUCUCCCCGCUCUCCACCUCCUUUUUAUUUUAUUUUACCGUCCAUCUCUCUUCUCAGACUCUAUCCUCCGUUUCCUUUCACAGUCUCAAAGGAAGGCAAGGAUAUUAAAGCACAACCUUUUUCUAAAAAUGCAUGUUUUCUCAGGUUUCAAUAUAGUCUCAAUGGUUUAAUAGUAUAUGGGGAAAAUAUAUACAAAGAAUAUAUCGGAGAGGGGGGGGAAAAAAAUAAUUUUGUCGCUGUUUGAAACUGAAAACACAAAAACUGAAGAGAAAAUAUCCCAAAAAGUGCCAGUGAAAGGGCUGCCGCCAUCCUCGUACGAAGCUCUGCUGUUUAGCUGUGACUGCGCAAUGUUUUUCAAUAUAGGAUAUUUUAUCUGAAAAUAGAACUAUUUAUCAUUAAUAUUAAAGCAAUAGCGCAUUAAUGGUGAUGUGUGUGUUGAUGAAGAAAUGGAUGAGCAUAUUAUGGAUAAAUGUUAGUCACAUGUGGUGGAAUUUUGUACUUUAUUACAAAAAAAGUACUACUAAUAAUAAUGAUUUCAAAAGUUGCAUUGCUAAACCCAAACUGUUCUGUUUUUUUAAUUUUAUUUCAUGGCUUGUAUAUUAUCCUUUUGUAUGUGCUCUUUUUGUAAUAAAUUGGAUAAAAUGGAAA